GAAACGUCAUCAGCCCUCACCCGGCAUCCUGACUGCCUGCUGUCUAUACAUGUUAGCCGGACUGUGUUAUCUUUUUCUUUUAAAAGAGAGGUAGCCUUUCACUUGUUAUGGCUGACCAGACUGUCGUGGAGAAGAUGAGCGAAAUGCAAGUGAACGAGGGGAAGAAGGUGAAAUCCGAAAGCAAUAAAGACGGAGGAAAGAAGAAGGCUAAAAAUGCAGCUGUGGACUCUGGAGGCAGGGCUGAGCUAUCGCCCCAACCUCAGUACAUUGAUGAGCGUCUGACGUUGUACACAAAGCUCAAAGCUGAGCAUGAAGCCCUGAUGGCAGAGAGGGCUGCGAAGAACAGCCGAGCCAUCAAGGUGACCCUGCCUGAUGGAAAGGUAGUGGAUGCAGAGUCUUGGAAGACCACACCAUACCAAGUGGCCUGUGGUAUCAGUCAAGGCCUUGCUGACAACACAGUGAUUGCUAAAGUGAACAACGCUGUGUGGGACCUAGACAGACCUUUGGAGGAUGACUGCAGCCUGCAGUUGCUCAAGUUUGAUGAUGAGGAGGCUCAAGCAGUUUACUGGCACUCCAGCGCCCAUAUCCUGGGUGAAGCCAUGGAGAAAGUGUAUGGAGGCUGCCUCUGCUACGGCCCCCCCAUCGAGAAUGGCUUCUACUAUGACAUGUUCCUGGAGAACAACGAGGGCGUAUCGAGCAACGACUUCCCAUGUCUGGAGACCUUGUGCAAGAAAAUCAUCAAGGAGAAGCAGCCAUUCGAGAGGCUGGAGAUAAAGAAGGAAACUCUGUUGGAAAUGUUCAAGUACAACACGUUCAAGUGUCGUAUCCUCAAUGAGAAAGUCACCACUCCCACUACCACUGUUUACAGAUGUGGACCCUUAAUCGACCUGUGUCGGGGACCCCAUGUGAGACAUACUGGUAAAAUCAAGGCACUUAAAAUCCACAAGAAUUCGUCCACAUACUGGGAGGGAAAAGCAGACAUGGAAACCCUUCAGAGGAUCUAUGGAAUCUCCUUCCCUGACCCUAAAAUGCUCAAAGAGUGGGAGAAGUUUCAGGAGGAGGCCAAGAACAGAGACCACCGCAAACUGGGCCGGGAGCAGGACCUUUUCUUCUUCCAUGACUUGAGUCCUGGCAGCUGCUUCUUCCUGCCUAAGGGCGCUUUCCUCUACAACACCCUGGUGGAGUUCAUCAGAAGCGAGUACAGGAAGAGGGGUUUCCAGGAGGUGGUGACGCCAAACAUCUUCAACAGUAAGCUUUGGCAGACCUCGGGCCACUGGCAGCAUUACAGCGAGAACAUGUUCUCCUUCGAGGUGGAGAAGGAGACCUUCGCCCUCAAACCCAUGAACUGCCCGGGACACUGCCUGAUGUUCGACCACCGACCACGCUCCUGGAGAGAGUUGCCACUUCGCAUGGCUGACUUUGGUGUCCUGCACAGGAACGAGCUGUCAGGAGCCCUCACAGGUCUCACACGUGUCCGCCGCUUCCAGCAGGAUGAUGCUCACAUCUUCUGCACCAUGGACCAGAUUGAAGAGGAGAUUAAGGGCUGUCUGGACUUCCUGCGGACUGUGUAUGACGUCUUUGGCUUCACUUUCAAACUCAACCUCUCCACAAGACCGGAGAAGUUCCUGGGGAACCCGGAGAUCUGGGACCAGGCAGAAAAGCAACUGGAGAACAGCUUGAAUGAGUUUGGGGAGAAAUGGGUUCUAAACCCGGGUGACGGAGCUUUUUAUGGACCAAAGAUCGACAUUCAGAUAAAGGACGCCAUUGGUCGGUACCAUCAGUGUGCCACAAUCCAGCUUGAUUUCCAGCUUCCCAUCCGCUUUAACCUCACCUUUGUCAGCCACGAUGGUGACGACAAGAAGCGACCAGUGAUCAUCCACAGAGCCAUCCUGGGAUCAGUGGAGAGGAUGCUCGCCAUUCUGACUGAGAACUACGGAGGCAAAUGGCCGCUGUGGCUCUCUCCUCGCCAAGUGAUGGUCGUACCUGUGGGAGUGGCCCAUGAAGAGUACGCUCAGAAGGUCAAGAAGGAUUUCCAUGACAGCGGCUUCAUGGCUGACGUGGAUCUCGACCCCGGCUGCACUCUGAACAAAAAGAUUAGAAAUGCACAGUUAGCGCAGUACAACUUCAUCCUGGUGGUGGGAGAGAAGGAGAUGACCAGCAACACUGUGAACGUGCGCACCCGAGAUAACAAAGUCCACGGCGAGCGCAGUGUGGAGGAGUGCAUGGAGCGUCUGAAACACCUCAAGAUGUCCAGGAGUAAAAAUGCUGAAGAGGAAUUCUGAUCUUUCUCAAAUCUGUGCUAUCGCUCUACAGUACCUCAAGUGUUUGAACUUAAAAGGGACGUGUGGUAAACAUCCGUUUUUGAUUAGGGGUAAACUACUGGUGCCUAGUCUCUUCUUUCUGUCUCACUGAAAUCACAUUUUCAGAAUUGUUAAUCAAGGGUUUUUUUUUUGUCUGGUGUCUUCCAUCGCCUCAUAACGGUAUCAAUUUUAUUAUGCUUAUCAAGUCUUCGGAUUCCUGUCCUCGUAGACAGAAGUUAACAUGUUCUUAACUUCUGCUUCUACAGAAACACAUGUGGGACUGUAAUGUGAUAAAGUCUUUGAACAGCUUUACAGAACAUGUCAAACAUUGAACAAAUUGUACCAUAUUAACCAUCGAAAAAAACACCUAUAUGUUGACUGGUUAAAAAAAAGGGGGGGAAAUGGUUUGUUACACUGUCUUAACAGUUUGUAUCGGUCAUUCUUUCUUCAGGGAAUUGUACACAAGUUUGAUAAUUAAACCAUUUAUUCUUGA